GUCUUUUGCCAUCGUUGUCGUGCUGGACCAUGCACUAGAUCAAGUGUAUAUCGUCGUGCAGAGCAAUUUCACUAACACAACUCACACCGUUUUGUGUCUGUACGCAAUUCGGAAUGUAAAUAAUUUCGGAAGCAAAUAGCCCUCGCACGACCGUCAACUCAACUCAACUUCAUCUGAACCAAAUCAGACUGCUCUUCCAAUACACCACCAUCGUCACAUCUCUGAAAUGCAUCCAUCCAAGACCCCAGACUCGUCGCCUACCCGGUCCUCCAUCGUCCAGUCUUCGCGCCCCCCGUCAGUCGACUCACAUCACAAUCCACACCACACGCCCUUUCUGCAUAACUUGACCCAGCGCCUACGCAAAGGCUCCAGCACCAGCUCGCACAGCUCGGCCGAUGGGACAGCACAUCCUGCACCUGCACCUGCACCUGUGCAGGACCCCGUGAAAAAGACGGAUAACUCCCGCGUCACGAGGAGGGUGCUGUUAGGCAUGGUGCGGGAUGAUUGGGAGUAUCCCUCCACCGCGGUGAAAGAUAACACGGGCCUGCCGCAGCGCGAACCGCUUGGAUACAAAUUGAGAGAAGAGUCGCUCUCGGAUAUCGAGGCUGAACAGGCGAGAGAAACAGCUGCGGCGAAGCGUGCGAGCCAUGCACAUACACACGCACGCGAAUAUGGACGUGGACAUGGUCACGAACAUGGAAAGACGGAUCCGUAUCGGUUUGAAAAUCCCGAUGCCGUCGGCGAUGCGAUUGUCGAGAGGAAGCGGAAACGCAGGAAACUGGUCGCAGAGGAGAUGAGUUGGAAUGACGGGUUGAGAGUGUGGAUGAAUCGGAGGGAUGCGUGGACCGGUGCGGUUAGGCGGAGACCGAAGGACUCGGUCGUGUCGGUGAGGUCGCCAGCAACAAAGCCAGACGGCGGUGGUGGUGGCGGACAUGAGCAGGAUGGCAGCAGACAAAGGUCGGGACACUUUUUUCGGAGAUCUUCGAGCAUGCUUGCUCAUGGACUUGGACCUGGACCUGGACAUGAGAGGAACAAGUCUGGGUCAUCGGUCGCGGCUGGCGAAGGUGCUGGGUUAGCUGUGCUGUGCUCAGCAUCGCCUAUGGACACCGGCGCGACGUCGUCGCCGACACGGUCCCAUGCAAGUCCGGUCGAAGGAUCGUCUAUUGAUAGCGUGGAACCGCCCAGCACGAACACGAAUAAAGACAAAGACAAGGAGCGGGACAGCGACAAAUUGAAAGACGAGGGCGACAACGAGGGUCCCUGGCUGCCCAUAUUCCCACCGCUGCUGCCGGCCGACGACUCUCUACGCGACCGAAUCAAUCCGAAAGCCUACGCGACGAUAUACUCCAAGAUCGUGGUGCAGGGGUUGGCGCCCAACGUGCCCAUCCCGCUGGUCCAUAUGAUUCCCGCGCUCGUGGCAGGGUGGAAGGCCGAAGGGAACUGGCCGCCUCAGCCCAUGAGUAUUUCUGCCGCGGACGUGAAGAAAGGGAGGAGGUCGAGUGCGUUUGCCAAGUGGCACAAGGAGCACGCUCACGAUUCCAAGGCUGUGGACGGACAGGUCGCGCAUGAGCGCGAGGAUGGCAAGAGUCGAGUCAGACGCAGUAUCAGCAUGAUGAAGCGCGUGCUGGGUGGCGGAGGGAACGAGGGCGAGAAGGGACUGGAGGAGUUGGGGAUCGAGUUCCGAGAGCAGGAUGAGGAAGAAAUGGAGAAGAAUGUCACUCUCAAUCGCGGGCUUGUUGGGCACUAGAUCAGGGUUUCUGCGUUGUCAGGUGCAGGCAGGCAGGCCUCGACGAACUGCCUGUCAUUAGUCGUCUGCCUCCGACGAGCUUGGGAAGGAAUCUAGAUACAAAUUUGACGAGCGAGAUAGGUAUGAUCCGAGGCGAGUGGUGGCAUGAAAAUGAUCGUUCGUGCCUUAUGGCCUAAACCGCAUCAGCAGAGCUUCUCCAAAGCAGGAGCAUGACACUGUUGCUACGUAGGUAUGCAAGAUUAAAGACAUUCGAG